CUUAGUCCCCUCACCCAAUAGUUCAUUGCCUUUUAAGUUUUAACCUCAAAGCCAUCAAGAGAAAGAGAGAGAAGCUAAGAAGAUGAACUUCAAGAAAACAAAAUCCUUAAUUACCUCAUUAUUGUUGCUAAUCAUGGGGUUUAGCAUAAUGGCAAGAAAAUGCAAUGCAACAACAUUCCAAGAGUGUUAUAUACCAUGUUACAUACUUUGUGCUAUUCAACCAACUCACACUCUUUCUUAUUGUGCCUUUGAGUGUCUUAGGGAUUGUAUUAUCCCUACUAACAAUACUCAUGUCACUUCCUUCCAUUUUUGCAAUCUUGGGUGUGCUUCUUCUCAUUGCACCAAUAUUAGCACCCUCAAAAAACCAGGUGGAAAGGAAGUAGAAGGCUGUGUUAGAUCUUGCAACGGAGUUUGUGAGAAGAACUACUUGAAUAACGUGACUCCAUAAGUCAAUAACAAGUCUUUUCUUGAUGCUUAUAAUUAAUUCAUUUUGCUUAAUUUAUCUAUUUUUUUUCCCUUUUUAUAGAAAAUGGAAAAGGGUAAGAAUUUAACGUUGGAUUUGGGUAGUGUGUGACUGUUGCUCGUGAUUCUAUAAUUAAAUGUAACGCAACUGUUGUUAUUUUGUCAACGUAACUUCUUGAGUUACUUAAUUUCUAUGAUUAAGUGGAAAUUUAAG